UCCAAAAGAACCCUUCUUUAUCUUUCUCAAUUUCUUUGGUGGAUUUCUCUUGGCGGGGUGGUGUUGUCUUUCUGAACUAUCCCAUCUUCUUCACAGAUUCAUUAUCUUGUCGAUCUGCACCUAUCUGCAAUCAUGAGUGAUGAGGGAGAAAAGACCUGUCCCCUUUGUGCGGAAGAGAUGGAUAUUACUGAUCAGCAACUGAAGCCUUGCAAAUGUGGUUACGAGAUAUGUGUUUGGUGUUGGCACCACAUAAUGAAUAUGGCUGAGAAGGAUAGUACAGAGGGGAGGUGUCCAGCAUGUCGUAGUGCUUAUGAUAAAGACAGAAUAGUAGGGACGACUGCUAAUUGUGAGAGGUUGGUUGCUGAAUUCAAUAUGGAAAGAAAAACGAAGUCGCAGAAAGCAAAAUCUAAAUCAUCUGAAGCAAGGAAGCACCUGAGCAGCGUGCGAGUUAUUCAGAAGAAUCUUGUUUACAUUGUGGGGUUGCCACUUAAUCUGGCAGAUGAGGAGCUUCUCCAAUGUAGAGAUUAUUUUGGUCAAUACGGUAAAGUUCUUAAAGUAUCUAUGUCUCGGACUGCAGCUGGUGUCAUUCAGCAAUUUCCAAACAAUACAUGUAGUGUAUAUAUUACGUACUCAAAAGAAGAGGAAGCGAUUCGUUGUAUCCAGUCCGUACAUGGAUUUAACUUGGACGGUAGACCAUUAAAGGCAUGCUUUGGUACAACAAAGUAUUGUCAUGCAUGGUUGAGAAACGUGCCUUGCACCAAUCCUGAUUGUCUAUAUUUGCAUGAGAUUGGUCCUCAAGAGGAUAGUUUCACAAAAGAUGAAAUUAUAUCAGCCUACACAAGGGUUCAGCAAAUAACUGGUGCAACAAACAAUAUGCAACGGCGUCCUGGAAAUAUGUUACCUCCACCAGUGGAUGAUUACUGCCCCAAUAGUUCUGCUUCUGCAGCUAAACCAAUUGCAAGUGCUCCAAAAAACGCAACAGUGACUGUUCCUAAAAGUUCUCCUCCAAAUGGAAGCUAUGGUAGAUCUAUUACUCUCCCUGCUGGAGUAUCAUGGGGGAUGCGUGCUUCAAAUCAACCACAACUGGCUGGUUUAGCAUGUUCAAAUGGACCUGUUAAGCAGAAUUCCAAUACAGUCAGCAGUGCAUUACCAAAACCUUCAAAGCAGAAUACUGGUUUAGAUUGUCAAACUACUGCACUAGACAAACCUUCUUCAUCCGAUGGAGUAACUGCUUCUAAAUCAUUGAUCAGUCAGUUAUCUCCUAAACCAUCAUCCAAUCAUGAUCACCAGGGCACUAAUAUGCCAUCAACUAUUACAAACUCCUUUGAUCAUGGUGGCCAUACUUCUAUUUCCUCUGGUGAGAAAGUGGGGAGUAUUUCCUCUGCUGAUGGGAACACAUCGAGGUUGUGCUCUGAUAUGUCAACAUUGACCUUAGAUAGGAGUGUCUUGAAUGGACAUUCUGAGGAAGUUAGACCAAGCAGUUCAGCUUCUGAGCAUGGAACUAGCAGUUCACCUAGCAGUCAGGGGUUACAACAAUGUUAUACUGAUUACUAUCGAGAACCAUUAAGUUCAGCAACUGCUGGGAUAUCUGUGACCUCUCCCAAUGUGGUGUUUGUUUCAAAAGAGCAGCCUCUCUGGGAAAUUGAUGCACAUACUCAAGCUGUGGAAAAUAUAAAUUCUGAAGUAGAGGAAGAUGUACUAUCAUUUGAUAAUCAGAGACUCAAGGAUCCAGAAGUGAUUAGUCGUUCAAGUUAUGUGCCAAAUUCACCAAUCCCGCUCCACUUGGCAGAUCAUACUAGGUCUCAUUCUCUGCAACAUGGUGAUGCUUUUGGUGCUGUUAAUUUGAAUUCCGAUACUCUCAUUGUAGAUAAUAAAGCUCUUGAUAGUUCAUGUCUUAUUGGAGCUGAUGUUUCUUCUUGGUCUAAUAGAUACCUUAAGUACAUAAGCAGUAGUAUUGGUUCUGAUAUUACCACAGAACGUCAUUCUCUGCUUUCAAAUGAAGAGAAAGGGAAGCAGUUGGGAAGAUUCCUUGUUAAUGCUGAGAGCAAUGCUACUAAUGAUACAGGGGAGAUCAACAUAAUUUCAAACAUAUUGUCACUAGAUUUUGAUACAGGGGAGUCUCUAACUUCACCACAGAACUUGGUGAAAUUGUUGGGAGACGGUGAGAAGCAGCAGCCCAAUACUCUCAAACUAUCUAGUUCAAGGAAAACACUAAAUAAUAAUCAGUCUCGAUUCUCAUUUGCGAGACAGGAGGAUUCUAAAAAUUUCCCAGCUGAUGUUGAGUCCUCCUUUAGUGUUUUUGGGCAAAUGCCACAGAACCGACCCAGUCAAGAUCUUGCAGACAGCAGGGAUUCAUAUCUAUGCAAAAUUGGAGUUUCUGAUGGUUUAGCUUCCUGUAAUUUUGAGGAAUCCAACAAUUUUUCCAGCAGUCCAAUUUUCUCCAGUAAGCUUUCUGCCCCACCAGGAUUCUCUGUUCGUAGCAGGGCACCGCCUCCAGGCUUUUCUUCAAUUGAGAGAGUAAACCAUGGUUUUGACUCCACAUCUGGAAAUCAUUUGAUGGACUCUUCAUCCCUAUUAAGAUAUUCUUAUCAGGCUCCUCAAAGUGGUGGUAUUGGUGGCCCUGGGGAUAUAGAAUUUAUAGAUCCAGCAAUUUUGGCAGUUGGUAAGGGUAUAAUUCAGGGAGGGCUCAACGAUCCAGGCUUAGACAUGAGAUCAAAUUUUGCUCAACAGUUGGGUCCCAAUGAAAACGAGGCCAGAUUCCAGCUAAUGAUGCAGAGAUCUCUUUCUCCUCAUCAGAACCUAAGAUAUGAUGUUGGGGAUAGCUUUUCUUGUCUGAACGAUUCUUAUGGAAUUUCUUCGAGGCUCAUGGAUCAAUCACAAGUUAACAAUAUGUCCCCAUUUGCACAGUUGAGUCUCCAACAGUCAAGAAACACACAUAAUGUGUCAAAUGGUCAUUGGGACAGAUGGAAUGAGAUCCAGGGUGGAAAUGGUCUUGGUGUGGCGGAGCUCCUAAGAAAUGAAAGACUGGGAUUUAACAAGUUCUAUUCCGGGUACGAAGGUUCAAAGUACAGGAUGCCCACUUCAGAUGAUCUGUACAACAGAACAUUUGGGAUGUGAUUGCUCUCUGGAACCAAGUUGGUUGUUUCAUUGCCAAUAUUGCUAUAAGCUAAGAAAUAGAGUGACUGAGUUUGUGCAAUCUUGGUUUGCACCUCGACGAUGGGCAUGUUGAAUUGUGUGGUAUCCUUGGCCUUGGGCACCCUCAUGAAGGAAUGAUAUUCUGAUAACUUUCCCUAAAAGGCAGUAUCUGGAAAUGAGCACAAGCUGGUAAAUAAGGAGAUGAAUUUAAUAUUAUUAGCUAUUAUAUUCUGCCUGCAUAUUGUGUCUGCAUCUGCUUGUUUGGGCAAAAUAGCCGGUCGGAAACCAAUCCCGUGAAGGCUUUUGGAGGUCGAUUUUGGGUAAAAAGAUUGUUGAAGGUUGGAGGCCAAAAUGGUUACGAUUACAAAGUAAAAUGUUCAUUCAACUUUGGAUUGCAAGUGGUUUUUAGAGGCUUUGGGCUUUCAUAGGGAAGAUGGAAACGGUUUCCCCCCAUUUAAAUUAUACUUCUGUUCUACCCUUCCCAAAACUAUAUAUUAUGUUUAUAAUUUAUUGCUUUCAAAAGAGGUCAUUUGUUUUUCGUUGUUUAUUGUAAUCAUACACACACACAUAUCCUGUUAUUCAGAGUCGAUUGUGGUUAAGGUUGAUGAGGUUUGGGGAGAGGAAUU